AUGGCAGAACUUCCGCAGGACGUCGCCCAGGAGCUCGCCGCGACGGCGAAGGCUCUCGCCGCCCCCGGGAAGGGUCUGCUCGCAGCCGACGAGUCGACAGGGACGAUAGGGAAGCGUUUCGCGUCGAUUGGGGUGGAGAACACGGAGGCGAACCGGGCGGCGUACCGCGGGCUGCUGUUCAGCACCAAGGGCCUGGGGGAGUACUGCAGCGGGGCGAUUUUGUUUGAAGAGACUCUGUACCAGAAGAGCCCCGAGGGGACCCCGAUGGUGGAGCUGCUGCAGCAGCAGGGGAUCAUUCCGGGGAUAAAGGUGGACAAGGGGCUGGAGACGAUCCCAGGGACGCUGGGGGAGCAGGCCACGAUGGGGCUGGACGGGCUGAGUGAGCGGUGCCGCAAGUACUACGAGGCGGGGGCGCGCUUCGCGAAGUGGCGAGCGGUGCUGCAGAUCGACGCAGCAGCAGCGGGCGGCGCAGCAGCAGCAGCAGCAGCAGCGAAGCCCUCGCCGCAGGCCGUGGCCGAGGUGGCCCACGGGCUGGCCCGCUACGCAGCAAUCUGCCAGCAGCAAAGACUCGUCCCCAUAGUGGAGCCCGAGAUCCUGACGGACGGGCCGCACGACGUGGCCGUGUGUGCUGCAGUGACGCAGCAGGUGCUGGCAGCAGUUUUCGCGCAGCUGCAGCAGCACAAGGUGCUGCUCGAGGGGGCCCUCCUGAAGCCCAACAUGGUCACCCCGGGGGCCCAGGGGCCCCCCGCUACCCCCGAGGAGAUUGCCUUCUACACAGUGCGCACGCUGUCCAGAACAGUCCCCCCGGCGCUCCCCGGAGUCAUGUUUCUCUCGGGGGGCCAGAGCGAAGAAGAGGCCUCGCUCAACCUCAAUGCAAUGAACCAAAUGGGGCCCCACCCCUGGGCCCUUUCCUUCAGCUUCGGCAGGGCCCUCCAGGCCUCCUGUCUCCGCUGCUGGAAGGGGACAGAGGCCCACCGCGAGCGGGCCCAGGGGGCCCUGCUGGAGCGCGCGCGGGCCAACAGCGAGGCCCAGCUGGGGCGCUACCGGGGGGGGGCCGGCGGCGCCGAGGCCGCCAGGUCCCUCUUCGAGAAGAAGUACAUCUACUGA